CGAUACGAUACGAUAACGAUAACGAUGUUACGACUCAACUUUCUCAUCCUCUGGGCGGCAGCAGCAUCACUGUUUGCAUCCGCUCUUCCCAUUUCAGACGUUUCCGAAGAAGAGAUCAACACGCCAACGCCAGAACCGAAAAAGACGUUUUGGAAGAGCUUCAAUCCCAACACCGACUUCCGAAACCGCAACUUCAACACCAUCUCCCGCAUCUACAACCUCACCGUCUACCCCAACCAGGUACCCAUCUUGACCUUUGGCGGCGCAGCGUUUGUUCCAAAAGGACUCUUUGCCCAAAAUGUUGUUGGCCGUGUUGACCCAGUCGGCAACUUCACCGGUUUUGAACACUCGAUUGAGUACUUCUUUGCGCUCUCGCCAUUGCCGCAGGCCAACCCAUCCUCUGCCGCCAUCACCAGCUACAAGAUUGUCGAGUUUUCGUCCGAGUGCAGGGACAUCGCCGCCAGCGUCGUGUACCUCUACACCAGCGUCGUCAACCCUGGCUCACCGGAUCACGGAAAGCCACUGCCUCCGUUGAAGCAGGUGGCCUUCUGGAAGUUCAACAAGGAGGGCGAGGUGGAAAAGUAUGACGCCUGGAUUCCGAACCUGAACAGCUGGGUGACGAGGACGACAAUGGCGAGUCUCGGGAAUCCCGAGUUCCAGUUGGAGAGCAUCAGGCAGAUCUGCUACGGGACGCAGGCGAGGUGCUACGGCCCGAAUCAGCAGUGGGACAGCAUCGAGGACUGUGUUGUGGGAUUGGCCAAGAAGAACUACGGGACGUAUGAUGAGGCUUGGGGUGACAAUGUCGUCUGCAGAACCAUUCAUUUGGUGCUCACGCAGACCAGACCCGAUGUCCAUUGCCCACACGUUGGCCCUACUGGAGGCGGCAAAUGUGUCGACGUGGAGUACCCCGAGAACUACUUCUCGGACAAGUGGCUCUACGAAGAGGAGACUGGCGAGACUUUUGUCUGCAAAUGA